GGGUGGUCCUUCGGCGUCCUCAGCCUCUGACGCCGAUUCCUCCGCAGGGGAGCGCCGGCCGCGGCUUCUCGGGGCAGCCCCCUCCCGCGCGAGCCCGGGAAUUCGGAGGAAGGGCCGCCGGCUUCCCCCGCCGGCCUUCGGGGAGCUUGCCCGUUCGCCGAGAGAACUUUCUGCAUGACGGUCUCCAAGAUGUCAUGGCGGCCACAAUAUCGCAGUUCCAAGUUUCGAAAUGUCUAUGGCAAAGUGGCCAAUCGAGAGCACUGCUUUGAUGGGAUUCCAAUUACCCGGAAUGUCCAUGACAACCAUUUCUGCGCAGUCAAUACCAGGUUCCUUGCCAUAGUAACAGAAAGUGCUGGUGGUGGCUCUUUCCUUGUCAUUCCACUAGAACAAACUGGCCGAAUUGAACCAAACUACCCCAAAGUCUGUGGCCACCAGGGCAACGUGCUUGAUAUUAAGUGGAACCCUUUCAUUGAAAACAUCAUUGCUUCUUGCUCAGAAGACACUUCAGUUCGGGUAUGGGAAAUCCCAGAGGGAGGCUUGAAGCGCAACAUGACGGAGGCUGUCCUGGAGCUGUAUGGCCACAGUCGGCGCGUUGGCAUCAUUGAGUGGCACCCAACCACCAUCAAUAUCCUAUUCAGUGCUGGAUAUGACUAUAAGGUCCUCAUCUGGAACUUAGAUAUCGGUGAGCCAGUGAAGAUGAUUGACUGCCACUCUGAUGUCAUCCUCUGCAUGUCCUUCAACACAGAUGGCAGUUUACUCUCCACCACUUGCAAAGACAGGAAGCUACGGGUCAUUGAGCCACGUUCAGGCAAAGUCCUCCAGGAGGCAAACUGCAAGAAUCACCGUGUGAACCGUGUUGUCUCCUUAGGGAACGUCAAGAGGCUUCUAACAACUGGUGUGUCACGCUGGAACACCAGACAGAUUGCCCUCUGGGAUCAGGAAGAUCUGUCCAUGCCACUGAUAGAGGAGGAGAUUGAUGGAUUAUCGGGGCUUCUCUUCCCAUUCUAUGAUGCUGACACCCACAUGCUGUACCUGGCUGGCAAGGGAGAUGGGAAUAUCCGAUACUAUGAAAUUAAUACUGAGAAGCCAUACCUGACCUACCUAAUGGAAUUCCGCUCCCCAGCCCCACAGAAAGGCCUUGGAGUGAUGCCAAAGCAUGGCCUGGAUGUGUCUUCGUGUGAGGUGUUUCGAUUUUACAAGCUUAUCACACUGAAAGGAUUAAUUGAGCCAAUCUCUAUGAUUGUACCAAGGAGGUCUGAAACAUACCAGGAAGAUAUCUAUCCAAUGACUCCAGGUCCAGAACCUGCCCUCACCCCAGAUGAAUGGCUGAGUGGAAUGAAUAAGGAUCCCAUAUUGAUGUCUUUAAAGGAAGGCUAUAAAAAAGAAUGCAAAGUAGUUUUUAAACCACCAAUUAGAGAGAAGAAGAGUGUUGUUGUCAAUGGGAUAGACCUCUUGGAAAAUGUGCCACCCAGGACAGAGAACGAGCUGCUCCGAAUGUUCUUCCGGCAACAAGAUGAGAUCCGGCGAUUGAAAGCUGAGCUUUCGCAGAAAGACAUCAAAAUCCGACAGCUGCAGUUGGAAUUGAAAAACUUGCGCAAUAGCCCCCAAAACAAUGGACUCUGAAGGACAUUUUCUAAGCAAACUCUUCGUUUAUACCCACUCUUUAAUUUUACUGUAUUGACUUAACACAUGAUAUGAGCCAGAGACUCUGUGCCAGCACAUGGGUACACCUGCUCACUGGAAGCCUGUUCUUCUGUGGUCAUUACCUAGCACUAAAACGUUAUUUGUAUGAUUUAA